AUGGCGUCCGGCGCACAGCAAAAUACCAAUGGUGACUUUGUGAGCCAUGCACAGCAAGCACAGGUCCAGCAGCCACAGCAGCAGCAGCAACAGCAGCAACACCAUAUUGAUGGGAGCACGGCGCAUCUGAGCAGCAAUAGCGUCGGUGUAUCACCAGAUUAUACCUCUGAUAAUCACCUGGCUGGCCUUGUACAAGCUGCUACCGCCGCUGCCGGGCAGGAUGUGGGCUGGGCUCAGAAUGAUGAAAGUGACAUGAUGGCUGCCGGCCAUGGCCGCGCUAUUCAGAAUCAUCUAGACAGCUACAGUGUCGGCAUGCAUCUGGAUGAAAACGGCUUUGCAACUACCAGUCAAAGCGGCCAUCCAUUUGGAAACAUUCCCGGAGGAGAGCCAGCAGUCAGCGGAGACAGGCAAAUUGCUGCACCGCCGGUUACAGCAGCCACAGCUGUGCGAAAGCGGAAACGGACUCAGCCUAAUGUCGACCCUGCAAUGACUUCUGCCACGGCAAGGUUCCGGUUCGGGGAUGUAGACGAAGCUAGCCUCGCCCAAGAUGGCGCUGCGGUGCAGGUACCCCAACCUGACGAAUCUUCUUUAGAUAUUAGAGAGAUGCCUCCGCAACGAGUGAUAUCAGAUGCACGAGCAGCUGGUGUCCAUUCCGCCGUUGCCCUUUUCAGGCAGCCGUCAGCAUCAAGCAAGAAGGCUACCCGUCCGCCAAUGUCCAAGAUGUUUGCUUCCUUAGGGCUCUCUCCAGAGAACUUCCUCCAUCUUCAGGCAGCUGCAAAGCAAUACAUGCUGGACGAAAACCAUCUAGAACGGCGCGAUUGUGUCGGCCAGAGAGGUCGCGGCGAUACCGAGAUGGUAAAGCUUCGGCUUUGGAAUUGUGUUCGCGACUUCCUAAACCGAGAAGGCAACGGGUUACGAUAUUUUGGAGAGAAUGUGGAAGGCGCGGAUGCCGGACCGAACAAAAUGAUCUGGCCCAGAGAUGAGCAGAGAAUCAUCUCGCUCGUCACUCCUCUGCUCCGUCGAAUGAUCACCAACGAACGACAGCGCAAAUACGUUAGUGGAGCACGAAAGGGAGGCAACUCUGAAGAUAAGUCGAAGCGAAAUUCGGCGUCUGUCGAUAACUCUAUACCUGAGAGCGUACAGCGUUAUCACCAGCCACCGCCUAACGGCACAACUGAGCUUGGAAUGCUAGAUCUCAUCAGGAACGAAUACCCUACCUACCAAACCGACUGGGACUCUGUGGCACGAUCAUACGAGACAUACAAUCAGGACUACCGCCUGGAUAAUCUUGGAUCGAUCUCCGGGCUGCCUCAACAGGAUUGGUGGGGCCUUGUUGCAGCUGUAGACUGCCACUAUCAGAUUGAUCAUGGUGGAGAUGCAACGCUGUGUACAGAUAGUUGCCAGGAGUGCACCGUCAACCAUCUAAUGUCAUCUGAAUCAAUGUCGGAGGUGGACUUUCAGAUCAGCGGUAAAGAAGAUAUUGCUAGGCGAAAUUACUUCGCAACUGUUAUUACCCGUGAUGUCACUCGCAUUGUAAAAAACUACCUUCUGGAGCAUCCCAACAUCCAGCCAGCGAGUACUGAAGCCGAUCAUGCUCAAUUCCAGACAUCCGAGGCAAUAUCUCAGGACCCUAUCCAGAUACAGCCUGGACUGGGCCAGCCACAGCCACAGCAUCAACCAGCUUCUGAGAUUCUGCCCGUCACGCUAUCAAUCAAUAUCAUCCAAAAUCAGGAACAUAAAAGGAUGCUUCCUCGCUUUCAAGUUCCCGCCAGCCAAUGUACUGAUUUUGCUACUUUACUUGACACGAUCCGUCAGUACUACCACGGGCAACAUAGUUCCCAAACCCCACAGAAUAUGCGUGUCAGGGCAUGGCUGGAUGAUGGCCUCCAGCCAAUACUCAAUGAUACCCAGUGGUUGGCGGCCUUGCUCACGGCAAGUGAGAUUGAAUGGAUGGACAAUGAGUUGAAAGUUAUUGUUGAUAGGGUCGAUGACACUGUUUCAUAA